AUGGAGUAUGCGAAUUGUCAAAGAUUUUGUGGCGCUAACAUCUCUAUCAGCGAUGGUGUUCAGGACGACGAUAGCCAGGAUCAAAUUGGUUCGAAUACACCGAGUCCGACUGGGAUUUCCACCCCGCAGCCCGACCCGGCUGACAAGCGUCUACCAUCCAUAAUGCACAAUUAUUUCCAGGUUGGUAGUUCUUCUGCUGUCAUGCUUCGCUCUCUCAAAACCCGGUUUUCCCUCUCCGGCCCUUCUCCCUCUUCCGCAGACAAUGUGCAGUCGAGUGCGCUUUCAAAUGGGACAUGCGAUGAUCAAAAAACGGGACACUCUUCCUCAUCAUCCGGAUCUUUUGUCAUGAUGGAGCGUGACGAGGCUCACCUCAGUUCGCCGAACACUCCAGACAAGGAGAUGGAAACCCACCAGGUUUCGCAAGAUACCCUCCCUCCCACGGCCCUUCCCACUCCCCCUUGCUCCUCGACGUGCUCCCUCCUUCAAAAAGAACCCGAAGAGUCAGAAGUGGGACUACCAAUUCCAGAUAAAGGAAUGGGGUCUAUUUUUUCCACAUUGAAAAACUACCUGUCUCCUUCUAGGAGCGUGUCCUGCUCUGACCCCCAAGCACGCCGACAUACCUCCCAUCCCGUCUCCAGCGUCUCUGACGACCCCGUCCUUGCCUCUCAUUUUUCCAAGCCUUCUCUUUCCCAUGCCUCGGAAGCACACUGUCAAGUGGAAGCAACCCUCCUCGACCAUGAAAAACCACAACUGUCCACAUCUCCUAAGAAUCCUACGAAGCUAACUGCGAACGUGUCAAACCCUCCGAAUUUAAAGAAUACCCCUCCUCUUACACCUCGGGCGAUGUCCGAUGAUGAUUUGCAACCCAAUGUGAAAAACCCCGCACCUCCCCCUCGUUCGUCGAACCAGACCCAAUCGCCGCCCGACGAGUUGUCAGACUCCGCCGAUGAAAUUACAGGAAAACUCAACGAGGUAUUCCCUUCGUCGAUGGACACUACCACCUCUACUUCUCCAACUUCAGGUCCCCCUGUGGCCUCCCUAAAGGGCAAGCUUUACGUCAAAAUUUCGGAAGCGAGAGGGCUUAGACCCGGGUUCGACCCUUAUGUUGUUUGCGUUUUCGAGUGGAACGAGGUGAUUUCGAAGAGUGUCCAAGACGAGGAAGAAGAAUCUUUGAAACGACAGCAAAAGGAGCUCGAACAGUCAGAUCUUGAUGCCGGUCGGCCAAUGGCUAUUCCCUUGAAGAGCCGACAAAGCAGUCAUAACCCUGCACUCGAGAAUCCGGAGCACAGAGGACAAGCUCCAGUAACAGAUCCACACUGGAACCAUGAAGCUGUUUUUGAUGUUUUCGGAGACCAGUCUGAAGUUGACGUCUCAGUAUAUGAUCGCAAUGACUCGGAAGCCUUUAUGGGCCAUGUGCGGCUCUGUGUCAAUCUCAAAGAGGAUCAGAGUCGCUUAGAAGGCUGGUUCCCGCUGGCCGGUCGGGCUGCAGGGGAUUCUCAGGUCUCCGGAGAGAUUCAUAUGGAGAUGAAGUUCGAAAAAGAGGAUACAAAACAGGUCGGACCCAAUGAUUUCCAGAUCCUGAAGCUCAUCGGAAAAGGAACAUUCGGCCAAGUGUAUCAAGUAAAAAAGAAGGAUUCACGCCGUAUUUAUGCCAUGAAGGUUCUGUCGAAGAAGGUCAUCAUUCAAAAGAAGGAAGUUGCCCACACGGUGGGGGAGCGAAAUAUCUUGGUUCGAACUGCUAUGGCUGCUUCCCCGUUUAUUGUCGGACUCAAGUUCUCAUUUCAGACCCCUACCGAUCUCUACCUCGUCACUGACUACAUGUCCGGCGGUGAAUUAUUCUGGCAUCUUCAGAAAGAGGGACGGUUUCAGGAACCACGCGCCAAGUUCUACAUUGCUGAGCUCAUUCUGGCAUUGCAGCAUCUUCACGAACAUGAUAUCGUGUAUCGCGACCUCAAGCCGGAAAAUAUUCUCCUUGAUGCCAACGGUCAUAUUGCGCUUUGCGAUUUCGGACUUUCAAAGGCGAACCUUACCCAGAAUGAUACAACAAACACCUUCUGCGGCACCACAGAAUAUCUUGCCCCGGAGGUACUGCUUGACGAACAAGGAUAUACCAAAAUGGUGGACUUCUGGUCUCUAGGUGUCCUUGUUUUCGAAAUGUGCUGUGGCUGGAGUCCGUUCUAUGCGGAAGAUACGCAGCAGAUGUACAAGAACAUCGCUUUCGGUAAAGUCCGAUUCCCCCGUGAUGCUCUCAGUACGGAAGGGCGAAAUUUCGUCAAGGGCUUGCUCAAUCGAAACCCCAAGCAUCGCCUGGGAGCCCAAGAUGAUGCGAAAGAGCUCAUGGCACACCCCUUCUUCCAUGAUGUCGAUUGGGCUGCGCUGGGGAGGAAGGAAGUUAUUCCACCUUUCAAACCCAAACUCAAGUCUGACACUGAUACCUCCAACUUUGACCCUGAGUUUACCAAUGCUCUUGAAAACAACAACUCACUGAAUGAUCGGGCUGCCGCCCUUGCCAAUGGGUUCAUGGCUGCGUCAACGCCACUGUCUCCAGGAAUGCAAGCCAACUUCAAAGGAUUUACCUUCGUCAAUGAAAGCUCAAUCGAUCACCACUUCAAAGUUGAAGAUGGGGAUCACAUGGAGGAGGACGAGACAUGGCAUCGAUCUCACCGGUCUGGAAAUUCUAUAGAUCACCGCAUGACUGGCGUUCAAAAGACUGGCGAUGCCGGUGAGAUUUUCAAUGUUGAUGACAAUUUUGACAUGUGA